CAGGGCUGAAUGAUUCCCUCUCAUGGCGGCCGCCUCGCCCCAGCCCCGGGACUGCGCCGCCGUUCCCGUCGACGACAUCCUCGCCCACGACCUUGACAGCGCCGGCGCCGGAGGCAGUGGAGCCGGCGCGGGGAGGCCGAGAUUAAGCCGGGCGCGGUCGAGCGCGCAGAUUGGGCUGUGGACCCUGCGGCUCCUCGACAAGGCGCUGCGUGGGAAGGACGGCUGGAAGGCCGUGGAGAAGCGGUUCGAGCAGUUCGCCCUCGACGGGAGGCUCCCCAAGGAGAAUUUCGGCAAAUGCAUUGGGAUGGCUGAUUUUACGGAAGUUGCUGGGGAGCUUUUUGUCGCACUGGCGAGGCGUAGGAAUCUCGAACUGGGUAAUGGCAUCACCUUAGAUGAACUGAAGGAAUUCUGGGAAGAAAUGACCGACCAAAACUUUGAUUCGCGGCUAAGGAUAUUCUUUGACAUGUGUGACAAGAGUGGGGAUGGAAAGCUCACAGAGGAUGAGGUGAAAGAGGUUUUUAUAUUGAGUGCAUCAGCAGACAAGCUAGCGAAGCUAAAGAGCCACGCUGCAGCCUACGCUUCUCUGAUCAUGGAGGGGCUUGACCCAGAUGAUCUUGGCUAUAUUGAGAUUUGGCAGCUCGAAACAUUACUAUUUCGAGGUGCGGUGAGCAUACAAGAAAAUGACAAGUUCCUAAAACGAAUGAAUAGCCUUGCAAGAACUAUGACGCCGAGGCGGUACAGAAACCCUAUAAAGAGAUGUGUUACUAAAACUGCAGAUUUUAUUCAUGAGAACUGGAAGAGGAUUUGGCUUAUUUCAUUAUGGUUGACACUGAAUGUAUGCCUAUUUAUAUGGAAAUUCGAACAAUAUAAACGGCGAGCGGCAUUUGAGGUGAUGGGCGACUGUGUGUGCAUAGCAAAGGGUGCAGCAGAGACACUAAAGCUGAACAUGGUGCUCAUUCUAUUUCCUGUUUGUCGAAAUACACUCACGAGACUCAGAUCAACUGGUCUUAGCAAAAUCAUCCCCUUCGACGAUAACAUAAAUUUCCACAAGGUCAUUGCACUGGCGAUAGUAAUCGGGUCUCUUGUUCAUACACUUGCUCAUGUUACGUGCAAUUUCCUGCGGCUGAUCAACUGUCCGCAAUCCAAAUUCAUGAUUACUUUAGGACCCAACUUUAAUUACCACCAGCCCACAUACCCAUCUCUUUUAGCAAGUGCUCCUGGAGUCACUGGGAUCCUCAUGAUCGUCAUAAUGGCUUUUUCUUUCACACUUGCAACUCAUUCUUUUCGAAGAAGUGUUGUGAAGUUGCCUUCGCCCUUACACCACUUAGCAGGAUUCAAUGCAUUUUGGUAUGCUCACCACCUUCUCCCACUUCUUUAUGUCCUCCUAGUUGUGCAUCCCUUCUUUAUCUUCAGGAAGUGGUACAAAAAGGGGACAUGGAUGUACCUAGCAAUUCCUGUCCUCUUUUAUGCCUCUGAGAGAUUAAUUAGGAAAUACCGCGAGAAGAACUAUCGCGUGAGGAUCAUUAAGGCAGCAAUUUAUCCAGGCAAUGUCCUUUCAAUAUACAUGGAAAAGCCUCCGGGUUUCAAGUACAAGAGUGGAAUGUACCUAUUUGUGAAGUGCCCAGAUGUUUCAUCAUUUGAAUGGCAUCCCUUCUCCCUCACUUCCGCGCAAGGAGACGACUACUUGAGUGUUCAUAUCCGCAACACUGGCGACUGGACGAGAAAACUUAGGAAUUUGUUUGCAAUGGUCUGUGAGAUUCCAGUUACUUCUAAGGACGGUAGUCUUCUAAGACUUAAAACCACAGUAGCAGAUGCUGGGCUUGAAGAAACAAGUAGACGACUCCCGAAGCUCCUAAUUGAUGGUCCUUAUGGUGCACCAGCGCAAGAUUACAAGAAGUAUGACAUUCUUUUGCUCAUUGGACUUGGUAUUGGUGCAACUCCCUUUAUCAGCAUAUUGAAGGAUUUGUUGAACAAUAUAAAAUCCGAUGAAGAGAUGCAGAGAAUACACAAGCCUGAGAUAAACAACCUGAAGAGUAAUGUUCGAGGGAGAGCUUACUUCCAUUGGGUGACAAGGGAACAGGGCUCCUUUGGUUGGUUUAAAGGUGUAAUGGAUGAUGUCGCAGAGAGUGACCACAAUCACAUUAUAGAAAUGCACAAUUACUUGACUAGUGUGUAUUUUGAAGACAAUGAAAGGUCUGCUUUGCUUGCAAUGGCUCAGGAGCUUCGGCACGCCAAAAAUGGUGUCAACGUUGUAUCAGAAAGCCGGAUAAGGUCACAUUUCGGAAGGCCAAACUGGAGAAAGGUGUUUUCUAAUUUGGCCAAUGCACACAAGUGCUCUCUUAUAGGUGUUUUCUAUUGUGGGUCUCCAACACUUACAAAGGAAUUGAGAGAUAUUUCGAAAGAGUUCAGCCAUACCACCUCGACACAAUUCCAUUUCCACAAGGAGAAUUUCUAAAACCGCAUGAGGAGAACAGAGAUAAAGGAAAAUUUCUAACACCGCUUAAGGAGAACAGCUAUAGCAUAUACUUUGUAUAGGAGGAGAAACAGAUUAGUGUAUUACAUGGUUUUGCUGGAAGCUACAUGUGCAGAAUUUGUAUUGUUUGUUAGUAUUUUCAAUAUACAGACUUAAGGAAUAUAUAGAUAGAAUAUAUCUUGGAACAAAGAGAGUUUGUUGUUACAAUAAUUAAUCGAAUAUAUCUUGAAACAAGAGAGUUUGUUGUUACA